UUGUGGAGCUGGGUUUCUAUCAUCUGUCGGAGCAGCAGAGAGCUCAGCACAGGGAUGGGCGGCUGUGCCCUCUCCAGCUCUCUGGCUCCAGACCCCACCCCAUAGAGCUGCUGUCUUGGCCCCACCAGGGCGAUGGCUCCUCAGGCCAGACCUGUCUCAGCUCCGUCACCUUGGCUGGUAAGUGACCCCUCUUCUCCCGGAUGCCUGGGUCCCAUUCCCCAUCCCGAUCUCUCUAGUCCUGCAGCAGUUCAUCAUUGUUUCAAGCUCAUCUCCCCGCAGGCGGCCCCCAGUCUGCCCAGGGAGCUGAGUGUGGAGAGGGUGAAUGACCUGGUGCUCUCAGCCUCUGACAGCAGCAGUGGCAGGCUGGCUCCUCGCCAUGGCUACACCACGGGCAACCAGGACAGUUACCAGGUCUGGAAAGUGGGUAGCUCUGAUUGCCUGGCCUGGGUCUCUAGGGUGGAGACCGAAUACCAGGCCCUGGUACAGGCGAUGAAUGAACGCCAGCUCCCCAAAGCGGCGGAGCACUGGAACCGGGAAGGGGAGACUCCUGUCAUCGCAGAAAUUCAGGUUCUUGAUCGGGAUCACUGUGCCAUUCACCACUCAGAAGACAGAUUCCCAGGCCACAGGCCAGGCUGGUGUCCUAGUGAUUGUUGCUGGCUGCAUCCUCGCUGUGCUGGGAGUCAGGCCCUGGGCUGGUACCUGAGGAGGAGGCCAGAAUACGACACUUUAGAUGCUCAUUCGGGCUGAACGCCUGCUCAAGUAAUGGAUCGAGUACUUCUGCUGUUCGCUUCUGUUGAAAGGCUUGGUCACGUUCCCACAGUAUCGCUGGCAGGCUCAUGAAUCUUAAAAGUUUCCUGGCAUCCCCGCUCAGAGAGGGGGAGGAUCUGGGGAACUAAGGGGGCACACUAAGAAUGGGGCGACACCCCAGAGCCAGGAUUUGGGGGCAGGAUCUGAGAAUGGAGGGCGAGGGUUUGAAAUUGGGGUGACUCCUCCCAGAGAGGGGCCAGGGGAGCCGGGGGUAUAGCUGGGGAGUGAAGUAAGCAUGGGACGAUGACCCCCAGGGAGGAGUUGGGGGUGUCAAGGGGGAGGAAGAAUUGGAGGGCUCAGAAGGGAGCCUUCAAAUUCAGGCUAAGAGAGCCAGGGGGCUCAGCAUUGGGUGAUGGGCUGCGGGAGCCAGAGAUGGGGCCCCCAAUGGUGUGACCCCUAAAACAGGGAGAUCUUUGCAGGGGGGAGGCUUUCAAUGGGACGACCCCCAAAAUUGAAGAUCUCUGGAGGGGCUCUUAAUGGGAUGUCCCCAGAACAGGGGGACCUCUGGGAUGCAGCCAGGGGCUCAAAGGGGUCCAGCCCCCUGGCCCAGUCCCUCAGGAUGGGACAUCCCUCAGGGCCGUGGGCAGGUUGGGGCAGCCAUUCUCCAGGGUUUGUUUUGGCGCCAGCUGCUGGCCUUCCGGCAGCAUGACGACCCGCUCAGCCCUGAAGACACCCUGCACCACCCAAACGUUGGAGGUGGUAGGUAAGCCAGCAGAGACCCCAUUGAGCCCCUCGCUGAUGCCCACCUCGCUUCCAGCCUUGAUCCCAUGUUCUGUUCCCCACCCCCCUGAGCCAGCCAGGAGCCAGUACCCCUGGAGGGCCAAGGCCCUGGGCCCCAUCAUUUAAAAUUCCCACAUAGCCUGAUUUGCACCAGCCUCACUGUUUCAAGCUGGUUCCUCGUGGAAAUUUUGUUCCCAUGCGCCACGUACUGCUUGGGAUGCAAUAAAACACCUGAUGCAGCAGCCUCUGCUUGCUUGUGGGGGUAGGGAGCCUGGAUUCCUGUCUGGGUCCGCCUGUAACUACCCUGACUGGAGCUCUCUGCCCGUCUGCCCCCUGAAUGCUGGAAACGAGAGGAGAUACUGCCCCAGCCCAGCCCAGCCCCCAUCAUAUGGACACAGUAGGGAUUGAGACCUUUCUGUUCUAACCCACUGGACCCAAUUCCCCUCCCAGAUCUAGGGUAGAACCCAGGAGUCCUGGCUCCCAGCCACCAUUGUUUAGGGCACUCCAACAGUUUGGCUGUGAGACUUCUCAAUCCCCUUUCACUCUCAGCUACA